UCAAGUUGUCCCGAAUCACCCCAGAGCUCUUCCCCUCAUGAAUUAAAGUGAAGACUUAGCACUUUUCAUUUAUUAACUUUCCUCGGACCUGUGGUGCUCUGGAGCAGGCAAGUACAGAAGCCUGUCAACAUUGGAGGGUGAAAUAAAAGCCGAACAUACAGCCAGAGAACAGAGAAACCAAAGCACCUACACAGGAGAAGAUCGGACCAGAGCACACGCUGGACAUGGCCUCAGAGAUCCACAUGUCAGGCCCACUGUGCCUCAUUGAAAAUGUGAAAGGGCAACUGAGGGUGAAUCAGGAAGCUCUGAAGAUCCUGUCUGCCAUCACCCAGCCCGUUGUGGUGGUGGCUAUCGUGGGCCUUUACCGCACAGGCAAAUCCUACCUGAUGAACAAGCUGGCUGGGAAGAAAAAGGGCUUCUCGCUGGGCUCCACAGUGCAGUCUCACACCAAAGGAAUCUGGAUGUGGUGUGUGCCACAUCCCAAGAAGCCAAACCAGACUCUAGUUCUGCUUGACACUGAGGGCCUGGGAGAUGUUGAGAAAGGUGACAACCAGAAUGACUCCUGGAUCUUCGCCCUAGCUAUACUUCUGAGCAGCACCUUUGUGUACAACAGCAUGGGAACCAUCAACCAGCAGGCCAUGGACCAACUGCACUAUGUGACUGAACUGACAGAUCGAAUCAGAGCAAAAUCCUCACCCAGCACGAAUAAAGUUGAAGACUCAGCUGACUUCAUGAGCUUCUUCCCAGACUUUGUGUGGACACUGAGAGAUUUCUCCCUAGAAUUAGAAUUAGAUGGAAAUUCCAUCUCUCCAGAUGCCUACCUGGAGAAUUCCCUGAAGCUAAAGCAAGGUACCAGUCAGAAAGAUAAAAAUUUUAAUCUCCCCCGACUCUGCAUCCGGAAGUUCUUCCCAAGGAAGAAAUGCUUUAUCUUCGAUAGACCAACUCAUCGGAAGAAGUUGACCAAGCUCGAGACACUGCAUGAUGAUGAGCUCGACUCUGAAUUCGUGGACCAAGUUGCAGAGUUCUGUUCUUACAUCUUCAGCUCUUCUAGGACUAAAACUCUUCCAGGAGGCAUUGAGGUCAAUGGACCUCGUCUGGAGACCCUUGUGCUGACCUACCUCAGUGCCAUCAGCAGUGGGGAUCUGCCCUGCAUGGAGAACGCAGUCCUGGCCUUGGCCCAGAUAGAGAACUCAGCUGCAGUGCAGAAGGCCUUGGCCCACUAUGACCAGCAGAUGGGCCAGAAGGUGCAGCUGCCCACAGAAACCCUCCAGGAGCUGCUGGAGCUGCACAGGGCCUGUGAGAAGGACGCCAUUGAAAUCUUCAUGAAACAUUCCUUCAAAGAUGUUCAGCAACAUUUUCAAAAGGAAUUGGCGGCCAAGCUAGAAAAAAAGCGAGAUAACUUUUGUAAACGGAAUAUGAAAGCAUCUUCAGAUCGUUGUUCAGCUUUACUUCAGGAUAUUUUUAGUCCCCUAGAAGAAGAGGUGAAACAAGGAAUUUAUUCUAAACCAGGGGGCUACCGUCUCCUUCUUCAGAAAGUACAAGACCUGAAGAAAAAGUACUAUGAGACACCCAAGAAAGGAUUACAGGCUGAAGAGGUUCUGCAGAAAUACUUGCAGUUCAAGGAGGAUAUGAUUAAUGCCAUUCUACAGACAGACCAGACUCUCACAGAGAAAGAAAAGGAGAUCGAAGUGGAACGUGUGAAAGCUGAAUCUGCAGAGGCUGCCACCAAAAUGUUGGAGGAAAUGCAAAAGAAGAAUCAGGAGAUGCUGGAACAGAAAGAGAGGAGUUAUCAGGAGCAUAUCAAACAGUUGACUGAGAAGAUGGAGACGGACAGGAAACAGUUGAUAGAAGAGCAAGAGAAGAUUCUAGCUCUUAAACUCCAGGAACAAGCCAAUCUACUAAGAGAGGGAUUCCAAAAUGAGAGCCGACAACUUCAGAAUGAAAUAAAUCUUCUCAACGAAAAGUUAGAAAACACAGGUGGUGGAUGUGUCAUACUCUAAAGAUCUAACAAAGCAAACUUUCCUAUCACCCUUACUCUUUUUUGGGUUUUUUUUUGGUACCGGGGAUCGAACUCGGGACCUUGCUCUUGCGAGGCAGACGCCGGAACCACUGAGCUAAAUCCCUGGCCCCAUACCCUUACUCUUUGAGGCAUAGAUAAAGCAAUUUUAGAUUUUAGAAUAAGUGGUCCUUCAGUUAAUGUUACUUAAGUCUUAUAACCACAAAACCCUGCAAAGACAUGAAGUACAAUACUUGGAGUCAUGUUCAUCUUCCUUAAAAGAUUGUAAAUUUUUUGUACCAAGAAUAGAUUUUACCUCUGUACAAUUUUACAAAAUAUUGAGUUUCAGUGUGAUAUUUGUAUACAUGCAUAUAAUUUAGCCUGAUCAUACCUGUAUCUCCAUUAGUCUCCCUUAUACUUCCCUCUUCUUCCCUUUUUCUUAAGGGAGUGACUAUAAAUGCCACAUUGUUUUGCACUAUCAUGUGUAGCUCCUUCCUUCUGGACAGAUGCUUGUCCCUGUCCUAUGGCUUUAGCCUUUUUUUUUUUUUACCGGAUAUCCUUUUAUUGGUGGCUUAACCUUGAAAUCAUUUUGGCCCACCAAAAUAUGAAUAGAGCAGAUGUACGUAUAUCCAAGCAGAAGAUUUUAAGAGCUUUUUGUCUUAAAAUGGACAGGAUUUUUUUUUUGUACCAGGGAUCGAACUCAGGACCUUGCACUUGUGAGGCAGGCGGUGGAACCACUGAGCUAAAUCCCCAGCCCAAAACAGACAAGAUUUAAAGUAGAAACUGUUGCAGAUAGUUCUUCAAAAUCCUGAUUUUUAAUUGUUUUAGGUAAAUAUAAAUAAGUGCAGUAGGUAAUUCAUAUGGUACUUCUCUGCAAAACUUUUAUAAGAACCUUCAUACAUUUUACCAGAGAAGCUACACAAUUUUACAUUUUGAACAACAGUACACAAAAGUUCCAGUUUCUCCACAUCCUCACGAAUACUUGCAUUUUAAUUUUUUUAGUAAUCCUUAUCCAAAUGAGAAUACUUUGAUAUAUCAUUGUGUUAUAAUUUGCAUUUUCUCGAUGAUGAUUAAUAAAGUUAAGCAUCUUUUGAUAUA